AUGGACCAGCAGAUGGAGGGUCGACAGGAGAUCUAUGACAGGAAGCCUCUUCAUCGUCCUAGAUCGUGGAGGAGAACAGGGUCAUUGAGAGAGAGAGAGAUGAGAAUAAAGAGUAGAGAGGAGAAGAGAGUCGUUGAGAGAGAGAGUCGUUUAGAGAUAAUGGCCUUUGCUAAAAUAGCCCCCACCCUCGCUUUAAUAGCAUGCAAAAACCCUUUCAAGUCUCACCUAGUUCCCAAAACCUCCUGUUGCUGUUUCUCUCUUGGAGCUCCAGACUUGAUCACUUCAAUGGCGUUCGAAGUCCUCUUCUAUCAGGCUCGCCGGCAUUACUUCAUAAAAACUACACCUUAUCAAGCCAGUCUCUUCCUCCGCUCUCACUAUUCUUCACACCCUCCAUUUUUACUCUUCCACAGAUUACUCUCUUCAUCAACAUCAGCAGAAUCAAAUCCUGAACCAACCCCAGAAACCCAACCUCCAAGAAAACCCCAACCAACACCAAUCCAGCCAGUUUCAUACCCCACAAAAUCCAAAGACCCAUCUGGGUCUCAAUCCCAACCACAUCCUUCUCAAUCGUCACCACCCCCACCGCCUCAAAAACCCCGAAUAUCCGAAACCCAUUUCGAAAAACCAAUACUUUCCGAGGUUCGGACAUGGACUAGAGAGGAUAUUCGGUUUGUAAAAGACGUGCCACAGAUAUCUCCGGUGUCGUAUCCCACCCGGGUUGCGCCGUUGCCGGAGGAUAGAGCAGAGGUGAAGGAGGAAGGUGAGGAUAGGAAGGGAGAAAAUGAGGAAUUGGAGAAGGAGAGGAAAAGAAUUGAGGCUGAUAAUCGGGUAAUUCGGAGGGUUUUAAGGGUUGAGGAGGAAAAGGUUCCGUUUCCAACAUUGAUUAAGGUAGAAAAUAAGAGGAACGAGAAGGUUAUUUAUGAUCUUAAGGAGGGGAUUAAGCUCGUGAAGGUCCGUGUUUUGUUCUUACACUUUGGAUUGAAUUGGGAUUUGAAUUUUGAUUGA